GCGCUGCCCGUGAGCAUGGAGCUGGUACUCAUCGCGUUCUGCAGGCCGUCGCCGUGCGCCGCCGUGUGCGCCGCCAAGCAGGGCCGCCACCACGCCGGCGCCACCAUGGUCCCGGCGCUCGCCGUCGCCCCCUCCAAGGUCUACCACAAGCACAAGCACGACAUCCUCUGCGGAUUCGACUGCCUCGCAGAGCUUGGACUUGUCCUGGACCUUGGCCUGGACGCUAGCCGAUGUGAGGACGUGUGCGACGAGAAGCAGCUGCGACAGCUGCGGCAGCUGCCCGACAGGGACGACUACAAGGACGGGAACAAUAACGACUGCAAGCGGGUCGCCUCCUGGACGCAGCGCCCCUGGGACUUCCCCGGCGGCGAGCACGCCAUCUCGCUGGCCUGGGAGGACCUGGAGCGGGUGCCCCCACCCCUGGCGGCCGGCCUGGGCGCCAGCAUCACCGCCCUGGACCUCAGCCACAACAGACUCAGAGAUGUGGAGUUCCUGUACGCGAUGCCGGCGCUCACCUCGCUCGUCCUGGACCACAACCAGCUGCGCGAGGACGUGGACCUGCCCCGCAUGCCGCGGCUGCGCCUGCUCUGGCUGAACCACAACCAGGUGCGCAGCGUGCAGCCGCUCGUGCGCCGCCUGCAGCGCCAGACCCCCCGCCUGCGCCACCUGUCCCUCAUCGGCAACAAGGCUGCGCCGUCGCCGCUGACGGGCGCCGAGCCCAGCGAGUGCGCGCGCUACAGGCUCUCGAUGGUGUGGCAGCUGCCCCAGCUGGAGCACCUGGACGAGCGGAGGGUGACGGAGGCGGAGCGCGCCCGCUCCAAGCACCUGCAGCUGCGCGCCAUCUACAACAGCUGCAGCCGCCUGCCGUCCAGCUCGGCGCCCGCGCUCACGCCGCAGCCGCUGCGCAGGAACACCUGCAUAUAAGAAAGAUACCAUUGUUAUUAUUAAUUUAAUUAUUAUUAGUGUUGUUAUAACUAGCACUUGUAAUUGAAUGUGCUUUCUGUUGUCAUUUUUACUGUUAAUUGAUCGUGCUUCGUGAUGUUUCCCUUGGAGGCAUUGUCCAUUCGACUGAUUUCUAUGUGCGCUUAAUAAUUCGUGUGUUUUGUUUCUGCGUUGUUGUUGUUUGUUGUUAUUAUUAUUAGUGUAACUGUUAUUGUUUGCAACCCCGUCCCUCACACGCCUCGUUGUUAGUGAAAAAAUCGUAUUGCUGUUAGUUUAGGUGGCCAUCGUUAAAAAUGGACGGACCACUUAAAAGCCCCGUAAUUUAUUGCCUUAAUUGUAAGCUAGUGAAUCAAAUUAGAUCAUCAAGUGAAACGGGAGAAAAUGAUAAGUACGACCGUUUUCGCCGCAUUUGUAAAUACUCGCAUAUCAUAAUAUAUUUAGCGUUGUUCAUGAUAAUAAAAAAGCAUAGACGAAUAUGUAUACUUCUCGA